CCAACCGCCCUCGAUGAAAUCCGGCCAAAAAUGUUUUUAAAUUCUCCGAAUAUGCUCGCGCAUGCUUAAAACAUACGAUCAGCAAAUGUUUCUAUACACACAUCAACUGUACUUGCGUAAACUGAAACAUAUAGAUAGUCAUACUACGAAAAAUGCGAAUAACGAAAUUUAUUUGUGUGUAACGUUUCGUUACUCGGUACUAGAUGGCGCACCCGUUACUCAGUACCGAAUACAUACGGUUUGCUACAGCUCUAUUUUGUUUACUUUUUUGAAGUUAUUUUUUAUUAGAAAAUAAUGACAUACAUAGCCAGGAUAAUGUUUUGUUUACAAGCGAAGCGUUAGUUUUUUAACCUAAAUUUUAAUAAAAUUCUUCAAAUAUGCCGAAAACGAAUGCAGAAUAUUGUCGCGAUUAUCGAGAAAGAAAAGGGGGAAAAAAAAUAAAAAAGACAGCAAAAAGUUCAACGGAACGUGUCCGUGAAUUUCGUGCUCGCCAAAAAGCGUUAAUGAAUGUGAAAAAUGAUAGUUCUCUAACGCAUAAUGAUGAUUUUACUGAUCAAAAUAGUGAAAGUGAUCAUAAUGAUAAAUCGAAGCAACUGCUAUUGUGUCGUGGCUGUUUCGCCACCGGCGUCAAGCUGUUUGAUCUACAAAAAAUGAAUUUGAAGGAUACAUUCGAAGAAUUUGUCGGAAAAACGAACACCGACUUGGCGCUCCAAUUGUGUUCUUGUUGCGCGGCGUUGCUUCUCAAGUUUACGAAGUUCAGGGAGCGAUGUCGCCGCACAGAAACCCUUGUGCAGAGGUUGCAAAAAACUAAGCUGUUUAACAAGCACACCGUGAACUCCAUAGACAGGACAUUCUACAAACUAAACUUGGACUUUAAGAUAUCUGAACUCACGUUUAUCGAAACCGAUAUUGUAUCGGAAAACAAAGAAGAUACAAAAUCAACAAAACAAGAAGAUAUUGAACUCAGCAAGGAUCUAGUAGAAAUUAAAAGAGAAAUUGUAACCAAUGAAGAUUCUUUUAAAGCCGAUUUAGAUAUAAGUGAUCUUCACCAUUCCAUAGAUUUAAAGGAAGAACACCUUUAUACCGAAGACUCGUUAGAUGUUAGAGAAAAUAUUGGAUUGGGAAACGACAAAGUUGAAAUCAAAGAAGAGAACGCGACCAACGCUUCCGAAUUGAAAAAUAUGAAAACGCUAGUGAAUUCUUCAACAGAAAAUAUAGUUAUUAGUUAUAUUAAUGGCUCCGUCGAUAAUAAACAAGAAUACGAUACUGAAAUGCGUUGUAAUGAAAAAUCCGUACGUAACAUAGAAAAUGAUGAAGAUAAUCGUAUGGAGCAGUUAUUGAAAUGCUUACCGAAAAAUAGAGACAGUAACGGCGCCGCAUGUAAGGGCGCACCCUGCUCUCUUAAAGUAUAUUGGUUAAACAUUGAUUAAAUUAUUCAGUAAUCUAGAAUUGAAUAAAUAUAUCCACCUUACUGCCGUUCUCGAAGUUGUUCAAAAAUAUGUGUACCUGGAGCAGACAUUGCAGUUAGGUAGAAAUGACUUUGAGGACGAGGUGAAUAGAAGAAUUCAGCUAGGUUGGGCAGCGUUUGGGAAGCUACGUCAAGUCCUGACAUCGUCGAUCCCACAGUGCCUAAAGACGAAAGUUUCAAUCAGUGCGUCCUAUCUGUCAUGACAUACGGAGACACGUGGACACUGACAGUACGGCUGGUCCUCAAGUUCAAAGUCGCUCAGCGCGCUAUGGAAACGGCUAUGCUCGGUGUUUCUCUGAAGGAUCGCAUCAGAAAUGAGGUAAUCCGACAGAGAACCAGAGUUAACGACAUAGCCCACCGGAUUAAAAAGUUGAAGUGGCAGUGGGCUGGCCAAAUUUGCCGAAGAACCGAUAACCGUUGGGGUAGACGAGUUCUGGAGUGGAGACCGAAUCUAGGCAAACGUAGUUUAGGACGUCCUCAGGCACGAUGGAGUGACGAUUUGCGCAAGGUGGCCGGCAGGAGCUGGAUGCGAGUAGCCCAAGAUCGAUCUGAGUGGCGUGCAAUUGGAGAGGUCUAUACCCAGCAGUGGACUAGGAUAGACUGUUGAUGAUCUACCUCAUUGAGCGAGCCUACUUUCUCGUGAUUUCCUUAAAUUUAGCGUACAAAAUCGUUAUGUUCGCAUGUUGGUAACACAAGAACGGAUGGUCCAUACCAUAGACAUAGUAUCAUAAGGAUGGAGUCAGAAAUUUGACAUCCUGAAUGACGGAUGGAUUUUGUGACAUGAUGAUUACUAAUGAAUCAAGACUCAAAAAGGAUGCAUUACCACAACCAUUUUUUAGGAAAUUGAAUAUCAAUAACUUUUAAUUGUUUGUAUUAGUUCUAUUCCAUUGUUAUAAUACCAUGUUUCUAAAUUACACCUAUUGUUAAAGUUAUUAAAUAAUAUCAAAAUAAUUAGUUUUUUUAAAUAGCGCGUCAAAUGACCCAAAUGACUUCAAAGCAU